GUCAAGUUUUCACAGACUGCACUGCCACGACGUUGGCUAUCCGGGGUCAAUCUUGUGAGUCUGCUUUGGGUCAAACCAAAACAGCUAAAUUCUAGCUGUAGCCACACAGGGAGACGCGAUAUCAUGCGCCUUCCUCAAGGUCUGUUUCGGGGCAGGUGA